AAGCCUGCCUGGCUAGCUCAUCUGGUUAAAGCACAUCCCUCUUUCUGCUGUCGGCUUGGUUUCAGAGGCUGCGUUUUGGCGGAAGCCGGGAGCUCCACAGCACUCAUGGUUGCAUCAGACCUUAAGAAACACCUGAAACAUUUAGAAGACUGCAUGCCUUAGAUAACAGGCGAUGACUGGGCCUAGGCCUGUCAUUUAUAGAGAUGAUUUUAAAUUAUUCUUCAACCUGUACUUGAUUUAUUUGACAAUUUAUCUUGCUAACACUUUCCCCUAUAUUUUCUCUUCCUCGUGGCAGGGACAAGCUGUGGGUCACGUCCCAGGCUGCUUGUCCUGCUGUGCUUCGAAGAAUUAUGAUGGGGGAGGAAGGAAGGACAUGCAGGUGCAGUAAUCAUCGGAUUCCCUAUGUGUCAGACCUGGAGUACGAUCACCUCAUUAACAAUCAGAUGUCCUUUAAGGAGCAGAUUGUAGUGGUCUGUGUCUCAUCUUCUUCACAAACAAACAAGGAUCCCAGUGAAGACAAGAUAGAGCAGCUGUAUAAAAGAAAGAACAAGAACAGAAGUAUGCCUUGUGCUCAGGGUUGUCUGGAUUCCUUUCGCCUCCUCAAAUAUGAUGUCACUUCUGCAGAUGCAUUUACAGAUCGUAAGGGUUCCUUGUUGGAAAAGAGACAUAAUGUAACUCCUGGCGUGGUUUUGGUAUGUUAA